AUGUCUGCUUUUGUUCCUGUUAACCCUAAACCUUUCCUUAAUGAACUCACUGGCAAACCUGUCGCUGUCAAGUUGAAGUGGGGUGGUGAAUACCAAGGUUAUCUUGUUUCUGUCGAUAAUUAUAUGAAUCUCCAGUUGGCAAAUACAGAAGAAUUCCAAAACGGCGAGUCCGUUGGCACACUUGGUGAAGUGUUGAUUAGAUGUAAUAACGUGCUUUAUAUUCGUGGAGUUGAAGUGGACGACGAUGUAAAAAUGGAGUAG